AUGGAACGAGGCCCGAACACACCCGCGGCCCCACCGCCACUUGCCACCCUGAUAUUGCUACCCCAACAGUCGCUGGUGCGGACGGUGUCCUCGGAGCAGCGGUGGCAGGAUCUGGCUUCGUUGCUGACGAUACCGCCGCCGCCGGAGCAGUACCAGCACUACCACCAGCACCCGCACAACAUCAGUGGCCACGGCGCCGCCCCAGGGUACACGCCAAACUAUCAUCAUGCACCGAUCGCUCCAGUUCCCGAGAAGCACCCAGAGGCAUACGGCGCGGCCGCCCCCCUGGAGGGUGCUUACAAGGUCGAGUCCGCCCACCACCCCCAGCAGCAUGACGGGAUCUACUACCAGAACGCCGCGGCGGAGAUGGCGCCCACCCAGGACGGGUUCCUGCAAUCGAUCCUCAACGACGAGGAUCUGCAGCUGAUGGACAUGGCGAUGAACGAAGGUGAGCCCUUCCAGCUCUUCGCCUUGGACCGGUUCUCUUGCAGACCGCCUUAUCUGGCCGAAUCUGGUCAACCCCGGCCUAGCGGUGCCUCCACGCUGCAGUCGGCGAACGUCCGCCCGACAAAAUGGCUGACCACCACGUCAUACGCCACGAGCGUGUUCAUAAAUAUUUACUCGGUGCACCGAGAUAGCGGUGUUUGCCUCGCGACGGGAAUAAUAGACAGCUCUCGACCCGCCCGCGGCCAUAACGCUCUGCGAUUUUCCCGCGCAAAC